UUGUUCAGAUGAGAAACUGGAUUAUUAGGAAAGCUCUAACAGAGGAAAAACAAGUGUCUACAAAGACAUCUGCAGCAGAUCUUGUGACAGAAACUGAUCAUUUUGUGGAAAAUUUAAUUAUUUCUGCUCUGAAAGAGAAAUUUCCCUCCCACAGAUUCAUUGCAGAAGAAUCCACUGCUGCUGGUUCAAAAUGUGUCCUCACAGACAGUCCUACCUGGAUUAUUGACCCUGUUGAUGGAACCUGCAAUUUUGUGCACAGGUUUCCAACAGUGGCAGUGAGCAUUGGAUUUGCUGUUAACAAAGAGCUUGAAUUUGGUGUAAUUUACCACUGCACUGAAGAACGGUUAUACACUGGUAGAAGAGGUCAAGGGGCAUUUUGUAAUGACAAAAGGCUUCAGGUAUCAAAAGAGACAGAUAUCUCGAAGGCCUUAAUUUUAACAGAAAUCGGUCCAAAACGUGACCCUGCAACUUUGAAAUUGUUCCUUGGUAACAUUGAGAGAUUGCUCAAGGCCCAAGCACAUGGGGUUCGUGUGAUCGGAAGUUCUACCCUGGCGCUGUGCCAUUUGGCAUCUGGGGCUGCAGAUGCCUACUACCAGUUUGGCUUGCACUGCUGGGACCUGGCAGCAGCUACUGUCAUUAUUAGAGAGGCAGGUGGCACUGUGAUAGACACUUCAGGGGGACCUCUGGAUCUUAUGUCCUGCCGAGUGAUUGCUGCGGGCACUAGAGAGAUGGCUAUGUUCAUAGCUCAGGAAAUACAAACUAUUCAUUACAGACGGGAUGAUGAAGACUGAUGGAAAUUAAAUUCUUGUAAUGUGGAGUCUAUCCUCCUGAACUACGUAAUUUUAGCAAGAUGGGUGGCUUAAAGGGUACGUGAUUUCUGUGAAGAUUUUGUGUGUGAAAUAUUUUUUACAAAUUUAUUACAAUAUGGGAAGGUGUGGGAAGGCAUGGGAAGAUUUUUAAACCUCUAAGGAUGAUGUUUCUUUUUUAAUAUGUAUCUCUUUCAGCAGUAUCUUUUUUAUAAGAUAGCAUAUUUUACUUGUAGCGUUUGUUUCAAAAUUAAGUUGUAAUUUCAUAUCCGUGGGGCUGAAAUUUAGUCUUUUGUAACAUGCAGCUAAAAAUGGAACUUUAUUUUUACAGAUGCAGAUCUCAGGUAAAUGAGCUUUAGGACUGUAGUAAGGAUGAGUAGUUAAGAUGUGUGCCUAUAAUACCCUUGUUCUCUCAUACUUAAGAAUGCAAUAAAAAUGAACAUUACUGUUUCCUAAAUAUGUCAUAGCUAUAUAUCCAUAUGUAUGUAUAUGUACAUAUAUGUAUAUGUCUGUGUAUG